ACUUCCCGCGUUGCGUUGACGUGUGGGAGGGGGCGGGGCUCCAGCGGCAGCGGCACAAGAUGGCGGCCACCACGGGUGCGGGAGUAAAAGUUCCUCGUAAUUUUCGUCUGUUGGAAGAACUUGAAGAAGGUCAGAAAGGAGUAGGUGAUGGAACAGUUAGCUGGGGCCUUGAAGAUGAUGAAGAUAUGACACUUACAAGAUGGACAGGAAUGAUUAUUGGGCCUCCAAGAACAAUUUAUGAAAACAGAAUAUACAGCCUUAAAAUAGAAUGUGGGCCUAAGUAUCCAGAAGCACCUCCAUUUGUAAGAUUUGUAACAAAAAUUAAUAUGAAUGGAGUAAAUAGUUCUAAUGGAGUGGUGGACCCCAGAGCCAUAUCAGUCCUAGCAAAAUGGCAGAAUUCUUAUAGUAUCAAAGUUGUUCUGCAAGAGCUUCGGCGUCUAAUGAUGUCUAAAGAAAAUAUGAAACUUCCUCAGCCACCUGAAGGACAAUGUUACAGCAAUUAAUUAAAAAAAAAAACCACAAACAUGCCCCCCUUAUUCAAUUUAAGCUGUCUUCAUUUUCCACAGUAGUAAAUUUUCUAGAUGCAUCUUGUAGACCUCAAAAUACUGGAAAGGAAGUUCCCAUUCAAAGGAAGUUUUUCUUGAGAUACUGUAAAUGAUACUAAUUUUUUUCAUUUGAAAUAUAAGUUGUGCUAUAACAAAUAAUCCUGUCGUGUAACCACUGUCCACAUAGCUGAACUUCUGGUAUCAGGAAAAGUCUAUUUAAAUUUAUUACUGUCAAGACCAGUGUGGCACAUCUAACUUAACUGUGAAAGCAUACAUCCCACAAUCACCUUGCUGUGUGUCUGGCCUGGGUUUUUUUUUUUCUUUUUCUGUCUUUUGCAAUAGAGUCAAAGCUCAGGGCUAUUUAUUAGAGUAGACACAAAGGUUUUUGCUUCCAGUACUACACUGGGCUUUAUGGACUACUAGUGGGGAUGUGUGCUAACCUCAGUCAUCCCUCCCUUUGUGCUAUCUCUAGUAAAGGCUGAAUGUGACUGUGGUUGGUUUUGGUUGUUUUUGGUUUUUUUUAAAUGCCCUGAUAAUCUAGGGCAAGCUUUCCUUCUUCCCUUUGGCCAAGGCAUAGAUUGUAUUUCUCUUCCUGGUCCCCCUCACCAGUGACAUGGGCUUUGGGUGAGGGAUUCAGGGUUCUUUUAAUCUCUUCCCUCUUCCCCUCUUUUAGUGGGGGUGCUGCUUUCUUUUUGCCCCUCUUUGUGACUCUUCUGACCCCUGGCCAGCAGGGGUAAGUGUUGGGGCAAUAACUUGACCUGUUCCCUCUUGCUUAUCAUUUUGGUUUUGCAACAAAUUUAGUCUUCACCAGCCUGGGAAACAAGAGUAUCUAUUCUGCUCGCAAACUUGGAUUUUCCCUGUCCCUCCAGCACUGCUGCCACACCGCCAAGCUGGCCACGGCUGAUGUUAUUAGAUAGGCUUUUGACAUGGUGAAAAGAGCAGUAAUUUACCAGGAUUGCCGAAAUCUUCUGCUGCCAAACUUUAAUGGGGAAACUCUGCACAUAGAGAUUCUGAACACAUGCUCCAGCUCAAAUAGUUCUAUUUUGGUGCUUUGGAUUGACCCAAGAAUGUUAAUUAACAAAAUGUUGCACUUAAGUUUGGCCAUUCUAAAGAUGCGAUGACUCCAGACAAAUCAAAUCAGUGUAGUAGAUUUUAUUAGGAUUCUGUAAGUCUUAGAAGAGAAAUCUCUUCAGUGAAGAUUUUGGGGAAGCAGUGCAUACAGCAGAUUGAGGACCUUUAUUGGCUUUGCAUCCUGGCAAAUCACUGCCUUUUCUGGUUUACUGUUUCGGACCACUAACUGCUGAAAUGUGGAUGCAAGCUUACAUACAACCAACCUAGUGUGUCCUAAGUUUUAUGAAAAAUUCAGUGUUUGUGUAAAAAAAAGAAAAAAAAAGAAAAAAAGAAAAAUUAAAAAUAAACACAUUUUAAAGCAGCAGCUAUCAAGUCAAUGAACAAUUGAUGUUUCCAUUAACUCUUUUGAGGAAAAUAUUAGUUGUAAGGAUUUAACAUCCUCUGUAAUUAAAGUUUAACAUAACAGUAUUCCAUAAGCAGCCUUUUUAUUGUAUCAGACCAUUGCCUGAUUUUAAUAUAAUAAAAAGUGUGCAUUAAUAUUAGAAGGCUUUAAUUGUAUUUAUGUUUAGAAUUUUGAUCCCUUAUGGAAUUCUUGAUUUGUUGGAAGUAUCUUCCUACAGAUCACAUUUAGCUAACAGUAUGUAAACUGGUGGCGAAAGGCAAUUGUCUUUAUCCAGCUGCUGCUGCUGUGCCAAGGAGAAUCUUUAGUUUUAGUUUAAACCUCAGACUCCCAUAGACUUGGCAAUUGGUAACAUUAGUGGUGCUAAGGAACUGCUGAAAUGAAUUUCUAGAUACAUGUGCUGUCUGAAGGUACUCUGUCAUUGCAAUGACCUUUAUGUGCUGUAGUCCUGAGGAAAUCAAAUCCCCAUACAGUUGCAUGUUACGCUGUCUGUCAAGUUCAAGGAGAGCUUCACAACCUGAAAUUCUACCUGUUUUCCCUCAAAUAGUGAAGUGUAAAAAGCUGACCACCUCUCCAAAUCUGGAUAAAAAUGGGGCUGUGAAAUUUUGGCCUUUUCCAAGCAUAAAGCAUCUCCACUUCAGAGGAUUGCCAGAAGGUACUCGUGCAUUCACUUCAGCGUUGUGGUGAAACAAGGUUGUUCCUGGGUUAGGAAUGAAAAAGGGAAUGACCUUUUGUGAAACUUUGUGAAACUUGCUGCUGGCUUCUAGCCUGGAAUACUACUCAAUCCUUUGGUAGCUCGGAGGGUAUGAAGACAAUGAGAUUAAUACUUCGUCA